GUAACCCUCCCUUUUUGCUUGUGGAAGCAGGAGAAGCUAUAGCUUUGGGGUUUCAGCAUUAUAUUUUGGCCUUAGGAACUGUUGUGAUGAUCCCUUCUUUUCCUGUCCCUUUGAUGGGAGGAACUGAUGAUGAUAAAGUAAGAGUGAUUCAGACACUGCUAUUUGUUGAAGGGAUUAAUACACUUUUACAAAGACUGUUCGGAACUCAACUACCUACCGUUGUAGGCGGUUCUUAUGCCUUCAUGGUUCCCAUCAUAUCAAUAAUUCAUGAUACUUCUUUGCUGAGUAUUGAGGAUAACCAUAUGAGAUUUCUAUAUACUAUGAGAGCUGUCCAAGGUGCACUAAUAGUAGCAUCAAGCAUACAAAUUAUCUUGGGAUACAGUCAAAUGUGGGCUAUUUCCACCAGGUGCAACUUUGAUCUUACAUGGAGUUUCUGUAUCAAAAUUAUGGAGAGUCAUAAUUUGAGAACUAUUAACUGA